GAGCUGCCGGAAGUAGGCGGCCGAGGUGGUGGCAGAGCAGGCGGCAGCUGCCAGGGAAACCGAGGCGCGGGACGCACGGCCCGCAGACAGGCAGGCCAGGCGGCGUCUCUGCGCGCCCAGGAGUGCCCCGCUUGCCUGGGCUGAGGGUCUCUAGUCCGGCAGCCUCCUCUGGACUCGGGCCUUUCCCUGAGCCCGCCAGGGGGCGCCGCACUGAGGGGGCUGCAGAGUGGGGGGCGGGCGCGGCUGACAAGAGAAGGGGGCGCCCGGUCCGGCCCGAGGGGGAGGGCUUUUCCCCCCGCUCAGGAGGUGCCCCUGGGCGGGGGACCCGGAGUCCUCACCUCCGAACUGAGGCAGGGGUUCCUGGGGGCGAGGAGGGCGCUUCGCCCUCUGCCCCCGCCGGCACCCUGGCCAUGACGGGCAAGUCGGUGAAGGACGUGGAUCGGUACCAGGCGGUCCUGGCCAACCUGCUGCUGGAGGAGGAUAACAAGUUCUGUGCCGACUGCCAGUCCAAAGGGCCACGAUGGGCCUCCUGGAACAUUGGUGUAUUCAUCUGCAUUCGAUGUGCCGGAAUCCACAGGAAUCUGGGGGUGCACAUAUCCAGGGUAAAAUCAGUUAACCUCGACCAGUGGACUCAAGAGCAGAUUCAGAAAGAAAAAGAUGACAAGUGGAAAAGAGGGAGUGAACCAGCUCCAGAGAAAAAAAUGGAACCUGUUGUUUUUGAGAAAGUUAAAAUGCCACAGAAAAAAGAAGAUCCACAGCUACCUCGGAAAAGCUCCCCGAAAUCCUCAGCACCUGUCAUGGAUUUGUUGGGCCUUGAUGCUCCUGUGUCCUGCUCCAUUGCAAAUAGUAAGACCAGCAAUACUCUAGAGAAGGAUUUAGAUCUUUUGGCUUCUGUUCCAUCCCCCUCUUCUUCAGUUUCCAGAAAGGUUGUAGGUUCCAUGCCAACUUCAGGGAGUGCUGGCUCUGUUCCUGAAAACCUGAACCUGUUUCCAGAGCCAGGGAGCAAAUCAGAAGAAACAGGCAAGAAACAGCUCUCAAAAGACUCCAUCCUUUCACUGUAUGGAUCCCAGACACCUCAAAUGCCUGCCCAAGCAAUGUUCAUGGCUCCAGCUCAGAUGGCGUAUCCCACAGCCUACCCCAGCUUCCCUGGGGUCACACCUCCUAACAGCAUAAUGGGGAGCAUGAUGCCCCCUCCAGUAGGCAUGGUAGCUCAGCCAGGAGCUUCUGGGAUGGUUGCCCCCAUGGCCAUGCCUGCAGGCUAUAUGGGUGGCAUGCAGGCUUCAAUGAUGGGUGUGCCAAAUGGAAUGAUGACCACCCAGCAAGCUGGCUACAUGGCAGGCAUGGCAGCUGUGCCCCAGACAAUGUAUGGGGUUCAGCCAGCUCAGCAGCUGCAGUGGAACCUUACUCAGAUGACCCAGCAGAUGGCUGGGAUGAACUUCUGUGGAGCCCAUGGCAUGCUGAGCUAUGGACAGUCGAUGAGCGGCGGAAAUGGACAGGCAGCAAAUCAGACUCUCAGCCCUCAGAUGUGGAAAUAAAAAACAAAACACCUGUAUGGCUACCAUUCUCCUCAGCCCUCUCUCCCCCACUUUUCCUCUUUCCCCAACUCCUCCCACCCCAUCCCCCUUUCCUACCUCUCUGUUUGGUUUAGAAAUUACUCAAUCUGUCGUUUGGGGGUUGGCAUUCUGCCCAGCCCAGCCACUUCCCGGACACGCAGGCCUCUCUGUUGCUUUAUGACGAACACGUCCCCUCGCCAUCCCGCCUUCCUCUGCAGCCUCAGCCCCAGUCCUCUCCUGGCACCAGCACCUUAGGAAUUGUUGGCAGAAGGCACUUAAACUGUGGGAGAAAAGUGCACACCUUUGAGUACCUUUCCCGUGAGGUUAAACCUCCUAUCAGACUCUCAGGAAGGUCUGUAGGUGUUGUCUUUUAGGCAAAGAGGGGAAGGUGUAGAGGUACUUCCGUACGUGUUGCUAAGCUAUUUCUGCGUGUUUAAAUUUUUGGUUGAAGAGGGAGGCAUCAUGCUCCCAUAAUUUAUGGGAAAGAAGAAGUACUGAAAUCAAAUUAAAUACCCCUUGCGUCUUAGGUCAGGUUGGCCCUAGCCCUGAGCUGAGGCAAACACCCUGCUGUAGGGAUGAGCAAAAAUACUACUCUACUUUGCCCUGAAUCGAGGCUUCAGGACUCGCCGCUUCAGUCAGCAUUUAUUAGCACCAAAGACUUUACGAAGGUCCCACACGAGAACACACACCCUGCCCCGCCUCCAUGCUACCUGCAGUGGGAUCUGGCUGUAUGGCUGGAGGACCAGCCCCUCCAGCGGGAAUGCAGAGCUUAAUGUGUGUACUGCGUGUGUGUGUGUGUGUGUGUGUGUGUGUGUGUGUGUGUGCGCGCGCGCGCGUGUGCGCGCGUGGAUCCUCUCCCCAUCUGCUCUGGGUGUUUUGUUUUGUUUUAGGUUUACACAGAGAGGAGUUAAUUUAUCAACAGCCUAAAACUGUUGCCACUUUUUCUUAUAGUUUAAAAAAAUUGCAGUCUCACAGAUCGCUCUCUUCCUCCUCCCCCUUCUCUCCCAAUCUGCCAGUCACUCUCUCAUGCCUAUGGUAUCCCAGGCUGCUGUUUCCCCACCUUCUCCAGGUGUGUGAGGCAGAGAGCCUGGAGCUUUCCUCUCGGUCAUUAUUCACCCUACGUGAAAAUUAAAACGAGAAAACUUUGCUUAAAAGAUUUCACCUGUGGGAACCACAAUUCCUGGUUGCCUUUCUCCUGUGUAUGUGUAAAUUCCUUAAUAAAUAUUGCAGGGAAGGACCAUUUGCUUGGCUCUUGCUGUGUAUCACUCACGGAGGAGGGGGAGCCGCACCUAGGUUUUCUGCUUUCCAAGCGCAGUUCCCCCACUUCCUGGAUUCUAAAAAAAUUCUAUACUGGGCAUGCCCCGAGGACAGGGCCCAGGCUCCGGUGGUCAGAGAGGGGAGCUUUGUCCUUUGUCCAGUGGUGUCUGGAGGCGUGAGCUGAGGGAACCGUGCUUAUCCGCUCCCGCUAGAGCCACAGAACACGGAACCCAGAAGUCCUUUACUCCCCAACAGAUAGAGAAGCCGAGAGCCACCUCCCUUCCUGCCGCCCUCCCUUCUUUCCUUUGAGGACACCUUCUAAAUACCUUCAGAGGUAAUGAGAGGAUAGCACAGUGGCGAAGAAAGUAAGCUCUGGAUCAGGCUGCCAAUAUUCAUAUCCCCUCCUGGGCAAGCUACCGAACCCCUGGGUCUCAGUGUAAAGUGGACCCAAUGGUCAAAUGAAGCAAUUCCUGUGGUACAUUCUGCGCGGUAUUGGACCCUGAGCAUUCAAAUGUUAGCAAGGAUCGUGUGCCAGGCCUAUGCUGGGCAUUAACUCAUUCAGCAAAUAUUUCAUAAGUGUUUUCGCAAUAUGCCAAACACUAAGCAAUGAAUCAAUACUCCUCAAUUUCAUGGGAUAAGUGUGGCAGGAGAGACAGAAAACAAGUAAAUAGACUGUUUAAUUUCAGAUAGUAACAGUACAAGGUAGGACAAGUCAAGAGGAGAGAGUGGGUGCGUGAUCACCAAGAUGGAGCGAGUAGUCAGGAAGUUACAUUUGAACUGAGACCUGAAUAAGCAGCCACUUCUGUGGAGAUUUGGAAAGACAAUAGAGCAAGCGUAAAUGUCUGCCUUGGAAAUUGUUUGGCUGGAGGUAUUGGUUUGGGAGUCAUCAGGGUAUGGAUGGUGUGUGAAGCCAUGAGACCAGAUGAAGUACCUAAGGAGAAAGCAUGGAGAGAAGAGGACUGAGCCUUGGGACCCAUCAGCUUGUAGAAUUUGGGAAGAACAGAUGAGCAAAAAUGAAUCUGACAUAGUUUCUGCUCUUAAGUUCACAGUCUCAUGGCACAACAGAUUUAGAAUUGCUUAUACGGUAUAUUACGGGAGCUCAGGGGCUCCUAGCCCAGUCAGGGAUACCUCUCUAAGGAUCAGGGUGUCAGAACUAGUCUUACAGGGGAGGUAGGAGUUAACCAGCAGGUUGGAUGUGAGCGGGGAGAAGAGUAUAAAAGACAGCACCCUGUGAACAAAGAUAAAGAGCAAGAACAUUUGGGGAAGCACAAGCAGUUCAUUGUAUGGUCUGAUGUGAGUCGGUACGGGGAGGAGUGAGACUGAGGUAUGGCCAAGCCAGAUCAUGGGGGCUUCCUAUGCCCUAGGAAGGAGUUAGCCUUAGUGUUGUAAAGGGUGGAGUGACACAGAGUUGCGUUUGAGGCUGCUCACUCUUGCACUGCUGAGAACAAUGUGUUCGAGGGAACGAGACCAGAUCUAGUGGACCAGAGAGAUGGCGAAAGCUGAACCCAGGCCAUGGUAGGUGGGGGUAGGGGAGAAUGGAGUGAGAGCAGCAUUUCAUGAACUGCGUAUGAGGCAUGUGAGAUGCUAAAAGGUGUCCCACAACACCGAAAUAAGUUUGGGAAAGACCUCAUGUUCUAUCGCCUCUUGUGCAUCUAGAAUAUAAUAUCCACAUAGUAAUGGCUCUGAAAAGUCCUGUGGUAAAGACUUUAAAAAAAAAAAAAAAAUCAAUAGGCCAGGGCGCCUGGGUGGCUCAGUUGGUCAAGCCUCUGACUUCGGCCCAGGUGAUGAUCUCACCGUUUGUGAGUUCAAGCCCCACACUGGGCUCUGUGCUGACAGCUCAGAGCCUGGGUCCUGUUUCCGAUUCUGUUUCCCUCGCUCUCUGCCCCUCCCCCACUCACGCUCUGUCUCUGUCUCUCUCAAAAAUAAAUAAACAUUUUUUUUUAAUUUUUAAUGUUUAUUUAUUUUUGAGAGAGACAGCGAUAGAAUGUGAGUGGGUUAGGGAUAGAGAGAGAGGAAGACACAGAAUCUGAAGCAGGCUCCAGGUUCCAAGCUGUCAGCACAGAGUCCGACGUGGGGUUCGAACUCACAAGCUGUGAGAUCAUGACCUGAGCUGAAGUCAGACGCUCAAACAACUGAGCCACCCAGGCGCCCAAAAAUAAAUAAACAUUUUUAAAAAAAGAUUCUUCCAUGUCUCUCAUGGCUUGAGAGCUCAUUUCUUUUUAGCACUAAAUAAUAUUUCAUUGUCUGGAUGUCCCACAGUUUACUUAUCAGUUCACUUGCUGAAGGACAUCUUGGUUGCUUCCAAGUUUUGACAAGGAUAAAUAAAAUUGCUGUAAACACCCAUGUGCAGGUUUUUGUGUGGACAUAAGUUUCUAAUUCAUUUGAGUAAAUAGCGGGGAGUAUAAUUGCUGGGUCAUAUGAUAAGAGUAUGAUUACUUUUGUAAGAAACUGCCAAAACUCUUCCAAAGUGGCUGAACCAUGCUGCAUUCCCAUCAACAAUGAAUGAGUGUCCCUGUUGUGCCACAUGCUCGUCAGCAUUUGGUGUUGUCGGUGUUUUCUAUCAUGGCCAUUCUACUAGGGGUAUGGUGGUAUCUCAUUGUUUUAAUUUGUAAUCCCCUACUGACGUGGUGUCGAAAACAUUUUCAGAUGCUUACUUGGUAUCCAUAUGCCUUCCUUGGUGAGGCGUCUGUUCAGGUCUUUGCCGAUUUUAAAAAUCAGGUUGUUUUCUUAGUGUUGUGUCUUAAGAGUUCUUUGUGUACUUUGGAUAACAGUCCUUUUUCAGAGGUGUUCUUUUGCAAGUAGUUCUUCCCAGUCUGUGGCUUGUCUUUUCAUUUUCUUGAGUAAGACCUUUUUUUCGUGUUUUUCUAGCAUUUACCAAGACUUAUUUUUUCGUGAAAUCCAUUUUUUAUCUGGAAUAUCUAAUAACCAUAGAAUAUUACUUGGGGAAAACAACCAGAAAAAAAUAUCUUAGGAAUGAGAAUUGGGAGGUCUCAGUAAUGGAUGAGAUGUGGGAUGGAGGGAGAGAAGGAAUCAAAUCUCCCACGUUUCUAGCUUGUUCGAGAGAAUUAAUAGGAGGAAAAGCUGGCUUUUCCCUCUCAGAGGGCAGCUACAGAAAAUUAGAAGUUUGGUUUUAGGCAUGGUGAAUUUGCAAUGCCUGUGGUAUAUUCAGGUCUGGUUGACCAGCUGGAAAUGGAUUUGAGUCUGAGGUUUGUUCAAGGAAGAAGCUAAGAUGGAGAAAUGAACUUGAGAGUCAGCCCCAUGGAGGUGGUAAUCGAUGACAUGGGAUUGGAGGGGAUCAUACAGGAUGGAUUUUUUUUUUUUUUUAAAUAAGAGCAGGGGCAUCUGGGUGGCUUAGUCAGUUAAGCAUCCAACUCUUGGUUUUGGCUCAGGUCAUGAUCUCGCAAUUGGCGGGUUCCACACUGACAGUGUGAAACCUGCUUGGGAUUCUCUCUCUCUCUCUUUCUCUCUGCCCCUCCCCUGCUCAUGCUCUCUCUCUCUCUCUCUCUCUCUCUCUCUCUCUCUCUCUUGUCUCUCUCUCUCUCUCUGUCUCUCUCGAAAUAAAUAAAUAAACUUAAAAAAAAAAAUAAGAGCAGUGGGCUGGGCACAGAAUCUUGGGGGAAUUAUUCAUGACUUUUUCUUUCUUCCUCCCUCCCUCCCUCUCUCUCUCUCCAUUUCUUUCUUUCUUUCUUUCUUUCUUUCUUUCUUUCUUUUUCUUUCUUUCUCUUUCUUUCUUUCUUUCUUUCUUUCUUUCUUUCUUUCUUUCAGAGCGAAGGGGCACAAGUGAGCAAGGGGCAGAAAGAGAAUCCCAUGAGGGGCAGGGAGGGAGAGAGAAGCAGAGUUCACCGGAUGCAGGGCUUGAGCUCAUGAGGACCUGAGCUGCAGUCCACAGUCCAGUGCCUAAUUGAGUGAGCCAUUCAGGCGCCCCUGGCAAAACAAAAUGAGUCCAAGAAAGUGCAAUGUCAAGAAGCCUUAGGGACAAGAAUAUCAAGAAGGAGAGAUGAUCACAAAUAUCAAAUUAGCAGGAAAAUUCAGUGAGAUAAUGGAUUGAUAAAAGGACUAUUUAAUUCGGCAUUUGGAAGCUUAAUGCAGAAACAGUUUUGUGGAAUGGUGGGGCCAGAAGCCAGAGUAUGGUGGGCUGGGGAAUGAAUUGAAGGAGCUGAAAAAGUAGAGAAACAAGCUCUGUUCAGUACGUGGUAAGCUUUAAGGGUUUCUCUUUUUUGUUUUUAGGUUUUUUUAAUGUUUAUUUUUGAGAGAGACACAGAGCACAAGCGGAGGAGGGGCAGAGAGCGAGGGAGACACAGAAUCCGAAGCAGGCUCCAGGCUCUGAGUUGUCAGCACUGAGCCCCGUACAGGGCUUGAACCCACGAACAGCGAGAUCAUGACCUGAGCCAAAUUUGGACGUUUAACCGACUGAGCCACCCAGGUGUCCCUAAUGAUUACUCUUAAGAAUAUAAAUAGGGGGGGCACCUGGCUGGCUCAGUCGGUUGAGCGUCCGACUUCGGUUCAGGUCAUGAACUCACGGUUUGUGGGUUCGAGCCCCGCGUCGAGCUCUGUGCUGACAACUCAGAGCCUGGAGCCUGCUUCUGAUUCUGUGUCUCCCUCUCUCUCUGACCCUCUCCCACACUCUCUCUCUCUCUCUCAAAAAUAAACAUUAUAAAAAUAAAAAAUAAUAAUUUAAAAGAAUAGAAAUAGGGUAUGUAAAUCACAAACCAAUAAAGAGGGAAACUUUGGAAUAAGAAAAUGCAAAUAAAUAAAAAUAUCGAGUCUGUAAGCUUAAGGCGAACUAAGAAUAAAAAGUAAAAAUAGAAAGGUAGAAUAGAAUUAAUAAUACAAUAAAUGGAAUAUUCAAAAUAUUGAGAUUGUCAGAUUGGAUAAUUAAAAUCCAUUCUCUUGCUUUUUUAGACCUUUUUUCUUCUAAGACCACCUGCCUUAAACUGAAGUGUAUCCUUUGGAAGUUCCUUUAGUGAAGGUCUUUUU